AUGGAUUAGGCCUCAAUGAAUACAGACUAGCCCAUAAGAUAGAAUCCUGCAAGAAAUCUAUAAAUAAAUACUGGUUUUGCCUAAAGGUUCAAAUUUAAUCUAAUCUAAAGUGAUAGUAAUCCGUUAGUGGAAGAUUAGAAAAAUGAAUAAAUUUAUUAGUCAAACCCAACAGUGCCUCAUAAAAUAUAAUAAAGCCAUACUAGCAUUAUAACUGAGAAGUUAUUUGGCCUAAGAAAUCAUAAAAAGCAUCUAUCUUUUUGGAUGAAAUGCUAAUCAAAUAUAUUUGGAGUUUGCAUGAAGAAGCACAAAAAGCAAAGAGAAAAUUAGAAAAUCCUUUUAGAUGCACUUAGAAAAAUGAAUGAUAAUUAUAAAAAGAAAUAAUAAAGAACUGAAUAACUCUGGAGGAAGGUCAGAGCAUUGGUAAACUCCGGCAUGUUUAUUGCAAAAAUUAAGCAUUCAUCUAAUAGCAGACUUAAAAAAAGUUAGACUGGUAUCUCGGAUAGAAAGCAAACUAUAAUCGAGAGGAGGAUGACUCUUCUCAAAAUGGAGAAUAACAGAUACAUGUGUCUUAUAAAAAAUAACAGCAUGUUCAAGAUAGUUUGGGAGUUUAUUAUUGCUCUCGUGUUCAUCAUUACAUUUUGGAUUAUACCUCUGAAUAUUGCAGCACUUUUUAAACCAUACCAAGAAUUGAGGGUGCUUGAAGUCCUAAUAGAUUUUGUGAUCAUUAUAGAUAUUAUUAUAAACUUUAUCUCAGAAGCUGAAACUGGAGAUGGUGAUACCAUUAUCUAUCUCUCUGAUUCCUCUAAACACUAUCUUAAAACAUAUUUCAUCAUUGAUGUUUUAGCUGUGAUGCCCUUGAUUUUAUUUUGGGAAUCUGUAAAUAAUUACUACUAUUUCAAGAUAAUCAGAUUUGCACGAAUCAAAAGAUUUUUCAUGUUUUUCAAGUAGCUUGAAAAUUUAUUUACUAGUUUUUGCUAAAGAUCUUUAAGUCGUCCUAAGGCUAAAAGAAUUAUAGAGAUAUUCAAGAUUAUUGUAGUUUACUAUUUUAUUUUCCAUUUACAUUCGUGCUUCUGGCAUUACAUAGGCUUAACUAACCAUAAUACCAACUACAUUUAUGAUAAACAUUAAUCAUAAAACUACAGAGACCCAAAUUCAAACUCUACCAAAGGAUGGAUCUCUUUGGUUUUUAAUGAUACAACUAAUUAUGCUAAUGAGGAUUAUUUGUAGAUAUAUUUAAGAUCACAAUAUCUGAUCAUUUCAAGCUUUGCUACAGUAGGAUAUGGGGAUAUUCAUGCAACUGAUUAGAAUGAGUACAUAUUUAUACUCUAUCUAAUUAUGAUCGGACAACUGCUGUUUUCAUUCUUCACUGGUAAGCUUAAAAGCGCUCUGCUUAAAGUUGACAACUUGGAAUUUAGUUUCAUCAGAAAUGAAUUAAUAGAAACGGUUGAGUUGUUCAUGAUGAAAUUUUCAAGCAUUAAAGGAGCUAGGAAAUUCAAAAGUUCUGAAAUCAAGAGCAUUCUGCAAUUUGUUGAGGCCUCCUUUUAAUACAACUUUAAAUCUAUCUAGAAAGAUGAGUUUUACUAAUUGAUGUCUCCUAAUUUAAGAAGGAAAUUGAUUUUUCACUUGUUUGGAUCAUAUUAAAACAAAUUUCUAUAUUUCUUCGACGAUUUUGACUCCAAGUAUAAGGCUAGUGACCAAUUUACUUACAUGGUAUUGUAAAGUCUUCAGUGCAUAAUUAUCACUCCUGGUCAAGUAAUAGCCAGAUACGGAGAUUUAUUUACAAAUCUUUUCUUUGUGCUAAAUGGAAGUAUUACAGUAAAGAAUAAAUAUAAGGAUUUCAUGGUAUCUUACCUAAAAGGGUCAAAUAUUGGAGAUUUUUAGUUGAUUUUAGGAAUAAAAACAUAGUUUAUCUAUUCAGGAACAACAGAAAAAACUAGUUUCUUGAUGAGUCUUGAGAGGGAUAUUUUUCUUACUGCAUUAUCAUAGGACUUUGAUGCAUUUUCAUAUCUAACUAAGAUUGCUUUAAGAAGAAGGAAAGACUUGAAAAGGCUUAAUUAGGAGCUAAUCAAAAAAACAUAAGAAAGGAAUAGAAUAGAAUAACUGUAAAAGAAUAAAAUUAUGACAUAAUCUUUUGAUUCUCCUACUUUGAAAAAACAUUCAAUAGCCUUAUCAAAUCGAUCAUUUGAAAUAAUAGAACAUCACAGUAGAUAAGAUAAAGUUUCGGUUUCAGAUCUUUCUCAGCGAUCUUUCGAUAUGGUCUCUUAAAUUAGGCAAAUUUAACAUUAGAGAAAACUUAGAGUUUUAUAGCUGCUAUAAAUUAGGUGUUACAUGUAAAGCAACAACUAUAUUGGGUAUUUCUUAGAGGACUUAGCGACUGCGAAGUAGAAGAAAGAUGAAGAGGAAAAGGAAUAAUUAAUAAACUAAAAUAAAGAUUCAAUAAAUAUCAUAAAAGAAGAAAAACAUGAGAGCUCUGUUUAGUCUCAGAAUUGUAGUGAUUCAGAUUCUAGUUUUGUGUAGUCAGAUGAAUCUCCAUUAAAUAGCCAGGAUGAGAUCAGCUUUGAUGAAGAAGAUGAAUACAGUUUGCCUGAAAGUUAUAGGUUUUACUCUGAGAGAAUUGGGGAGACUGAGCAUGUCCUAAAGAAAUUUAAGAAGAUGAUGAAUAACUGUCAAGAGAAAUUUUAGCAUUUAAAUAGAUUACUUAAGCAAAGUGAUGUAAGUUCACUUAGACAUGUUAGAGAAACGCUUAGCCUAAAAAUAUUGUUGUUCGACAACAUUGAUUAGUUUGUUGAGGAUGAAGGAGCGAAAAAGAUUCUUAAAAAACUUACUGUUUACACCUUUGGAGGAUUAGCCAGUUAAAUAUCUUAGGAUCAAAUUCAUCCUUUACCAUCUUCAAUCAGAUCAAAUAGUCUUUUUCUCGAAGAUUCUUCAAAUAGAUCACCCUACUUAAGGGUUUUACAUAGAAGGAACAUUCUAGACAGAGAUAGUCCUCAGGGAACUAUAGAGAGAUUUACUAGCAACUAGAUCGGUCAAGAUUACAAAUAAUUUUAAUAGUUGAAUACACUCUAAUUUGAAAGUAACAUCAGAUUAGAAGAUCCUAAAAUUAAAAUUUCGAAUGUAGAAACUAUAGAAAAAGAAGAAAAUCUUAAGGAUGAGCAAAAAUUAUUACUAACUUUGGAGCAAUUAUAAAAAUAGGGUGAAAAAAGACGAAAAUCUUCGAGAUAUAUAAAGCCUUUAAUAAAUUUUGAUGAGAGUGUUGCCAAUCUUAAACAUAUGAAUAAAGAAAUCAGUAAUUAAAGAAUUCCGACGGAUUCUGUUUAUUAAACUUUAGAGAAAGAGGAAAAUGAUGCAUACCAAUACUCUUCAAAAAAUACUACAUAGAACGUUGAUUUCCUUGCUGGAUAGGAAUAAUCUCUAACACAAUAACUAGAGAUGCAAUAAAAUUUAACAUAAGAUAUGAGACAGAAGAUCAAUACACCUGCAUUGUCAAUUCCACCUUAAACAGUCGUUUCAAGCAGUAAGCUUUCUGUUAGGAGCAGAAGAAUUUCAAGAAUCUCUAGCUAAAUAAAUCGUAGAAAGUCAAGAGUAUCUCGAGGUAUAGCGAAUGGAAGUAGAGAAAGUACUCAGCCACUGCUAACCUUAAAUAAGCUUAUUGAGGUAUGCAUAUAUCUUAUAUGA